AUGGGAAAAAUUCUCACGGCUCUUGCGUUGAAGAAUAGGAAUAUCGAUAUCGAUGAUGUGACAUGUCACAUGUGUGGGUCGAGAGAAGAAAGUGUCAACCAUUUAUUUUCCAAAUGCAUCAUAGCAUCACGGGUUUGGCACCAUAUCGUGUUGUGGUGCAAGGUUCCUCUUUUUGUUACUGGAUCGGUUAGAGAGCUUUUGGAAGUUCAUAAUGCGGUUGGGUUAUCUAAUACAGCGAAAGAAGUUUUCCAAGGGGUUGUGAGGGUGGGAUGUUGGAGCAUUUGGCGUUCGAGGAACAAGCUUAGGUUUGAAGAUAAACAAGUUCGGGUUGAAGAUAUCUUAAGUGAGAUUAAAUCUAACGGGUUUUUAUGGAGUUUGUGUAACUUUGUGGACAGAUUGGUGUAA